GUCUGUGUGCGUGAGAGUUUGAUUCAGGCGCUGAUCGGGGCAGCCGCGGCGGCGGGGUCCUUCAGCAGAAGUCGCGCACUGUCGAUAAACUGAUUUAAACUGUUAAUUUUUGUGUUUCGCCGUUGUUUAUCGAUCAUUUGCGUGGAGAAGCGCGUUUAGAUUCUCCACCAUGGCUCCUACAAUACAGACGCAGCGCGAGGACGGACACCGGACUUCAGCUCACAGAAGCGUCCCAGAGAGGUCUGGCGUCGUGUGCAGAGUGAAGUAUGCAAACAGUCUCCCGGAUAUCCCCUUCGAUCCGAAGUUCAUCACGUAUCCGUUUGACCAGCACAGGUUUGUGCAGUAUAAAGCCACAUCACUAGAGAAACAGCACAAACACGAGCUGCUCACCGAGCCUGAUCUGGGCGUCACCAUCGACCUCAUCAACCCUGACACGUACCGCAUCGACCCCAGCAUUCUGUUGGAUCCUGCUGAUGAGAAGCUGCUGGAGGAGGAAAUUCAGGCUCCGUCGAGCUCAAAGAGGUGCGAGAGAAUCAUUUCAUGUCGUUCUGAUGUGUUUCUGAUUCAUUCUUCUGUUGGAAUCUUCCAGAUUGCCCAGCAUUACAGCAAACCCAGAGUCACGCCGGUGGAGGUUCUGCCCGUCUUCCCAGACUUCAAGAUGUGGAUUAAUCCGUGUGCUCAAGUCAUCUUUGAUUCUGAUCCGGCGCCUAAAGAUGUUUCUGCACCAGCGGGGGUGGACAUGAUGUCACAGGCCAUGAUCAGGGGUAUGAUGGACGAGGAAGGAAAUCAGUUUGUGGCGUACUUCCUGCCUAACGAGGACACGAUGCGCAAACGCAAGAGAGACGUGGACGAGGAUUUGGAGUACAUGCCUGACGAAGUUGUGUGUUUUAGGGUGCGUCUGAGCAAGCGGCGAGCGAAGGUCGGCGCUCCGUUGUCUACGAACGCUGUGCUGGUGUGCAAACACAGAGACAUGAACGAGAAGGAGCUGGAGGCUCAGGAGGCUCGCAAGGCUCAGCUGGAGAAUCACGAGCCCGAGGAUGAAGAGGAGGAGCUGGACAUGAUGAAAGACCUGCAGGACUCUGGCGAGGAGCGCGAGAAAGCCAGCAACUCGGACAACUCUGAGAGUGAGUCUGAGCGUGAGGAUGAGGAGCGUCCCGCGGAUGAAGAGGAGGAGGAGGAUGAGGAGAGCAGCAAGAGGCGUGAGAGGAAGAGCAGCGGCAGCGAGAGCGGCGAGGACCGGCAGGCGCGAGACGAGGAGGAGAUCUUCGGCAGCGAUGACGACAGUGAGGAUGAUGAGGGUGAGCGCGCGAGGAGCAACAGCAGCAGCAGCAGCAGCAGCGUCCAGCACAGCGGCAGCGAGAGAGCGUCCGACUCCAGCGACGACAGCGAAUGACCAGCAGCUCGUGCUGUUUCCUGUUCCUGUUCGCUCCUCUGAACUCUGGUUUCAUCAGUCUCAUGUCCAGCUGUCUCUUAAUCCCAAUGAAAUCACAUGAGAGCCACACAGACGUGCGAGUGCACUGCAAAAAAAGGCUUGUAUUACAUAGUAUUGUUGUCUUGUUUCUAGUAAAAUUAUCUGAAUAUUCUUAAAUUACGAUGCAUUCACUAGAUAAGCACAAUGACGUAAGAUAUUUAGUCUUGUUUCCAGGUGGAAAAAAAUUUAAAUUAAGUGCAUUUUGCUUCAAAUAAGUAGAAUUAUCUGCCAUUGGGGUAAGUAAAAUAAUCUUGUUUUCAAAAUAUUUUACUUUCCCCACUGACAGAUAAUUUUACUUGUUUUAAGAAAAAUGCUUAAAGUGCUUAUCUAGUAAACACAUCUUAAUUUAAGAAUUUUCAGAUAUUUUUACUAGAAACAAGACAAAAAUACUAAGUAAGAUAAGCCUUUUUUGCUGUGUGUACGUGCGUGUGUGUGUGUGUGUGUGUUUCAUUUCUCUGCUUUUUCAUCAUGGACUGAGCGAAUCAUUUAUUAGUGAGCAUCUUUUUUGGUAGUUUUUCUCUGAUUACAGUGUAAACAUUGUAAAUAAACAAUGAUUUAGUUUGUUUUCUAGAAGUGAA